AUGCUGUCGAGAGUUAGCCUGAUCGCGAUCCUGCUGACCUUCAAUUGCUUGAUCCGCGAAAUGGAGUGCACGAGGUCGCCGGAGAAACGCCACGAGGAAGACGACGUCGUAGCAGGGAGGAGGGUCCUCAGGUACACGCCCGUUAAUGUCACGUCGGAAAGCCCACUCCCUCUCACUUCUUCCUCUGACAACGACGCCAAAGACAAGCUGGCCCAGGUGGACCUUGAGGACGGGCAUUCUAAGACUGAAGUGAAGGAACGAGACCGACCGCGGAAUCGCAAACGACGGAUGGAUCGCACGAUGAUGGCGUUGCUGAUGGCGUAUAAGCUGAAAUUCAUCGCCCUGAUACCAACGAUGAUCGGGGGCCUGAUACUCUUGAAGGGCACGACGCUGCUCGCCGGGUUCUUCUUCGCUCUCUUCGCCACCGUUCUCGGACUGAAGGUGCACUGA